AUGACUGGUGGUCCACGGAACUUCUCCUUCAGAGUGCUCACAGAAGGCUUUAGGAAAGAGCAGGGAGUCCCAUCUGAACACCCGCUGCUGGCGGCCAGCGAAAAGGGUCCCCGAUCUGUGUGCCCCCACCACCCACGGGCAUACCGGGAGCAGAGACCCCUUCACAUCUGCGGACCCACUGCUCCCAACGCACACCCCGCUGCCCCACCUUCGGGCUCCUCGGCUGCAACUCCUCAUCCCGCAUGCGCGAGCCCACAGGGACCGGGUCCACGCGGCGCCCACAGACCCAGAGGCCGCCCCCCAUGGUCGAGGGGUGCUGGCAGGGAGGGCUGCGAGUGUGCGUGGGGCCCACCACUCCACGACCGCCUUGGGGCCCCGGCCCAGCGUCCUUACCCUGCGGCCGGUGGCAGCGACCGCGGAGCCGAGGACAGAGCAAGGCUCACUCUCCUCGAGGCUGGAAGAGUCGGGGGCCGCUGGCCAUUGGGCAGGCUGGGGCACGCGGUGAGGGGCUGCGGAUAG